UUCACUUCGGGGCAGAUGUUUUUUUUUAUUUGCAUUAUUUAUUGCCGAGUUAGAGGACUUUUUUCUCCUGCUGAUCGGUUUUAGUUUAAAGCUAUAAACGCCGAGAGACAACUGAAAAAGUUCGCCUCCUAAACGGCCAAAACGUAUUGUAUAUUUUAACAAUUUAACGCAAAACCCCUCUUUUGGCUUAUUAUAGGCUACAAUGGUUUUGUUGUAUGGCUUCACUGUUGUGCUUCUUAUCGCCUCGUCUUCGCUGUCAUGCUUCUAUCUCAACUAUUCGUCCAGCUACGAAGUCAGAUCGCUUAGGUCAGUCAAUGGAAACUACAAGGGGAGCAUAACUCGUGAACUUCCAGCUGGCAAUCCAGCCCAAACCCAGAACCUGUCAAAAAGCGGUCUGCAGCCAGAGUACACCCAGAAUAAUCUUAUUCCCAGAGCAGGUUGGUGCGCCAUGGCGCCUGCGCGCCGCUUCUCCUGCGGCAGAGAGCGGCUGCUGGGCCGGGCGGAGUGCGAGCAGCGCGGAUGCUGCUACGCGGCUCUGCCGGGUUCUGCAGGGCCGCCCUGGUGCUUCUACCCCCGGCUCUACCCGGGAUACAAACUAGGCCCCUUCACUCCCACCAUGCAUGGGCAGGCUGCCCCCCUGACUCGAACCGUACCUUCACAUCUCCCCAAAGAUAUCCGCACCCUGAGACUAGAGGUCGUAGAGGAGGCUGCAGGCUGCCUGCACCUCACUAUAAAGGACCCAUUUUCUGAGAGGUAUGAAGUUCAUCUUCCAGGUGGUGUUCCUCAGAGCAAAGUUGAUACCCAGGAUGUCCUCUAUACCACUGAAUACCAGUCUGACCCAUUUGGUUUCAUAGUGAGACGGAAAUCGAAUGGAAGAGUGAUCAUGAACACCACGGUUGCCCCUCUGCUGUUUGCUGACCAGUAUCUGCAGCUGUCCACCACACUGGCCUCCUCUCUUGUGUCUGGCCUUGGGGAGCAUUACACUUCCCUCAUCCUGGACCUUAACUGGACCUCUCUGGCUCUCUGGAACAGAGACACGGCACCUCAUGCUGAUGCCAAUCUCUACGGCUCACAUCCGUUUUAUAUAGUACAGGAAGAGGAUGGCUUGGCACAUGGAGUUUUCCUUCUCAACAGCAAUGCAAUCGAGGUGACACUUCAACCGACCCCCGCGCUCACCUGGGUAUCAACUGGUGGAAUCUUGGACUUGUACGUUUUCCUGGGUCCUGACUCACACAGUGUUAUACAGCAGUACCAGCAGAUCAUCGGAUAUCCUAUGAUGCCUCCCUACUGGUCAUUAGGCUUUCAUCUGUGUCGCUGGGGUUAUGCAACCACUAAUAUUACCCGCGGUGUUGCACAGCACAUGCGCAGUGCCAACUUUCCUUUGGAUGUACAGUGGAAUGACCUGGACUAUGCGUAUAAGCGAAGGGUGUUCACCUUUGACCCACAGCGAUUUGGAGACCUACCGGAGAUGGUGGAGGAGUUUCAUAAAGAGGGCAUGAAGUACAUCCUGAUUCUGGAUCCAGGGAUCAGCAGCACCAGCCCUCCUGGAACUUACCCUUCCUUUGAAGAUGGACUGAAACGAGAUGUUUUUAUCAAAAAUGCUACAGGAGACCUUCUGAUAGGGAAGGUUUGGCCGGGCCCGACAGUUUUCCCCGACUUCACCAACGCAGAGACUCAGCAGUGGUGGGAGGACUGCAUCAGAGAUUUUCAUACUAAAGUUCCUGUGGAUGGUCUGUGGAUUGAUAUGAAUGAACCAGCCAGUUUUGUCCAGGGCUCAAUGGAGGGCUGUCCUGACGAUGAUCUUGAGAGACCGCCUUACACACCCAGGGUGGUUGGAGGCCACUUGAACUCAGGAACUCUCUGUAUGUCAGCUCAGCAGAAGCUGUCCACUCACUACAACCUGCACAACCUUUAUGGACUGACUGAAGCUUACGCAACACACAGUUCUCUCAUGAAGAUUCGGAAGAAAAGACCCUUUGUUUUGUCUCGCUCCUCUUUCCCCGGCAUCGGCCGCUUCUCUGGGGUAUGGACUGGCGAUGUGAGGAGUGACUGGGACCAGCUUCGGUUCUCCAUCCCCGCGGUGCUACAGUUCAGCCUUUUCGGGGUGCCUCUGGUGGGAGCAGACAUCUGUGGCUUUGGAGGCAACACCACUGAGGAGUUGUGUGUGCGAUGGAUGCAGCUUGGCGCCUUCUACCCAUUUAUGAGAAAUCACAAUGACAAGCCCAAUGCUCCUCAGGAGCCGUACGUAUUCGGACAGAAGGCCCAGGCAGCCAUGCGGAGUGCGCUGAACCUCCGCUACUCUCUUCUCCCUUUCCUCUACACACUCUUCCAUCAUGCACACACUUCUGCUGACACUGUUGCCAGGCCCCUCUUCAUGGAGUUCCCCACUGACCCCAGCUGUCAGAUGAUAGACCAGCAGUUCUUGUGGGGGAGUUCACUUCUCGUCAGCCCUGUUUUAGAGCAGGGGGCAGUAGAACUGAAUGCAUACCUACCAAAUGGCACUUGGUACCGCCUUCAUGAUGGUCAGCCCUUUUCCAGUAAGGGUCAGUACGUGCGCCUACCAGCCCCUCUGGACACCAUCAACGUUCAUGUGAGGGAGGGGCAUAUUAUCCCCCAGCAGGAGCCUGCUUUGACAACCACAGCCUCUCGGGAAAACCCUUUCUUCCUGACGGUGGCGCUGUCAGCAGCUGGCCGGGCCUGGGGCGACUUGUUCUGGGAUGAUGGAGAUAGUUUGGAAACCUUUGAAAUGCAAGAUUAUUGUUAUGUUGUCUUCACCGCCAGUAAGUCUCAGAUCGUUAGUGAACCUCUGACGCUGAAUGGUGCUCUGGACAGUCUAUUGUUGGGGGGGCUUCAGGUGUUUGGCGUUCCCUCACGACCUCUGUAUAUAUUGGCAAAUGGAGAGAAAGUCAGUGAGUUUACAUAUUGUGCUGACACUAAGGUCUUGACAGUGACUAGCCUGACUUUACCCAUGUCCAAGGUGUUUACAGUCCAGUGGGCUCUCUGGUGAACUUCAUCAUCUAUGUGCCUUAGGGAACCUUUUACCUACUACUUCUACUGCGAUUUAGCAGAUGUUUUUAUCCAAAGCGAUUUACAUCUGAGAGAACAACACAAGCAAGAAAUCACAUAGGAGGGUCCCGCAUGGUCAGUGCUGGUCAGACUCCUGUGAGUCCAGUUGGACACAGGGGCUGCCAUGCCAGUGUUAGAGGAUUUUUAUUUCGUUCCCAUCCCACCCUACAACAGUAGAACCUAGUAUUCAGCAAAACUAGGUCUUAAAUUCACAAUCAUCUUGUCAUAAGUCCAGGCAGCUUUCUUAGUGCUGAGUCAUCCUAAGAGCUGGAGAUGUUUUCUAACUCAUUCUGAUGAGCAGAGAAGUUUACUAGAUCCAGAAAUGC